UGUUGCUGACUUCACAUACAUGAAACCACCGUGCAGGUAGCUGGCUAGGUUACAAAAGUUGAUAUGUUAACGGAUGAAGCUAACUAUAUACUUUGAAAAUGAAUGUCAGAACAAUAAGGUAUUUGCUUUUUAGAACCCGUCGUAGUAUCCUGACAAGCAGUCGACACAGCGCUGGCCAACCUCCACAAGAUGAGAACACUAGAUUCAACCCAGCACCAACAUCAAAAUACGACUGGAUUGGCCCACCAGACAGACUGUCAAAUCUCCGACCAGUUAUAUAUCAUAUCCCUGAAAAUGAGACCCAACUGGAGAGAAAACUAAGACAUCUGAGGCAGGAAACAGAGGACUGGAAUCAUGCGUUUUGGACAUACCAGAAUGUCACGUUCACUAAGGAAAAAGAACAAUUCAUACUGUCCCAGCUGAAGCUAAAAGGCUUGACAGAAAAAGAUGAGAGAGGACGACAAAGGACCUUGAGUAGCGAGGAGAUGGCAGUCUUCUACAAACACUUCCUAGACAAAAACUGUAAAAAACAUGCAAGUUACAACAAAGAAUGGUAUAGACGGAAUUUCACCAUUACCCUUCUGAUGGGCAGAGUAACUCUGCACAGUAUCUGGAGGGCACUAAGUGGUCAAGUAAGGAGUAAAAGAAAAACCAUGAUGCCUGAAUAAAAUCACUUCAUUUGAUUUCUUGUAUCCCUGCUGUUCACCUUAUUACUGAAGACUUUCCACUAAAAUUACACUGGGAGACUCAUGCUGUCGAUGCAGAUCUUUUUAUAUGCUACUUUGAAACAAUAAAAACAGAAUGACUAUGAUCUAUAAAAUAAUA